AUGCUCGUGUCUUUAACGGUCGGCAAGGUCGACGCCGGCGUGACGGUUCUCCUCACGCCCGACAAGAGACUGAUCGAAUUUCCUUCUAUUCUUCUCCCACCCAACAUCUCCUCGGGCAGCAUCGUCGAUAUUGCCGUUUCCCGGAACACCAGCUCCGAGCGCGCAGCCGAGCUCGCUUUCCAAUCCCUCCAGGAUCACAUUCUUUCCUCCUUUGGCGCGACCGAGCCCUCCCGCCCCAAGCUCCGCUGUCUCAAUGCGACCCAGACGAGCGUCGUCCUCGAAUGGGACCCCAUCGAGCUAGCCACGGCCGACCUCAUAUCUCUAGCCUUGUACCGCAACGGCCAAAAGGCCGGCAACAUUCCCCGCCCCCGCGAGAUGCACAGCACCAAAAUUUCGGGCCUCGCUGUCGAUACAGAAUAUACCUUCCACCUCGUCCUACGCACCACCGCGGGCACCUAUAGCUCGGAAAAGGUCGCCGUGCGUACCCACAAGAUGACGGACCUGAGCGGCAUCACCAUCACCACGGGCAUUCUCCCCGCCGUCGCUCGAGAGAACCUUGUCAAGGCCGUGGAGAGGAUUGGCGCCAAGUUGACUGAUACCGUGCGUAUCGACACGACACACUUUGUCACUACGGAGGGACGGGGAAUUGCUUGGGAGAAGGCCGUGGAGAGCAACAUCCCCGUCGUGAGGCCGGAAUGGGUCGCCGCCUGCGAACAAAACGGCCGCAUCCUCGGCGUGACCAAAUUCUACCUUGACGCCAUGCGCCCCGGUCCCAUCGAGACGAGCGCUCCCGCCCCGGCCCCGGCGCCCGUGCAGUCACCGCCCGCUCACAAAGAUCUCCCGCCAACGCCGCCCCCGCCGACAAGCAGGCGGACGCGGCGGCGCAGGAAAAGCCGCGACCGUCUCAUGAGGGUGGAGGAAAAGGAUGCGCAAAAGGUGGCGAUACGGCCCGCAGCGCUCAGCCCCUCGGCGGAGAGCAAGUCGUCCAGUGAAGACGAUGGAGAUGGCGAAGACGGCGGGUCCCGGUCGGCUCAGGCGAAGCCUGCUGUGUCACCCGACGGCGCGUCGUUCCAGGAAGUAGAGCUCUAA